GGACCAGCGUCGGCACAUGGAAGGAGCCGCGCUCGCUGCGCCAGCCCCCCGGUGCCCGCAAGCCGAGGGAGCGGCGGCCACGCAGGGGCAGGCUCUGGCCAGUCGCCCUGCUCCGUUUGCCGCCUCGGUAGCCAGUUGCGGCAAGCAGCGGCGCUGCUGCUCCCCUCCUCGGCUUCCUUUGUGUGCGUGAGGGGAGCCGAGGCGGUGGCGGAGGAGGUGGAGCCGCUGCCUUGUCAAGCCUGAGCCGGCGGUGAAGGGAGCGAAGAGCGGGGGGCGGCUCGGCUCCACUCCCCGGGAAGCCUCCCUUCCUCAGGCAGAGCGAAAGGAGCUGGAAGCAGCGCAGGCUCCUGCUCUGGGCAGCCAGAGCGCCUUCUCUCCCCAGCGCCGGCGGAAACCGGAGCCCUCAAGCCAGCCGCCGCCGCCGCCGCCGCCGCCGCAGCGCGUCCUUUGGCUCGCCAGCCGGCAGAGCCCGGGCGGAGGCGGCAGCGGCUGUUGGUGCUGUUGCUUUGCUCAGCGCGGCUCUCGCACUUUGCCAUGGGCUGGGGGCGGCAGCAGUCGGGCAGCAGCAGCAGCAGCAGCAGCAGCACCUGGGCUAGUCACUAAGGCACCGCAAGGAAGGGGGAUGGCCACGUCCAGCAACUCCAGUCUGUCCGGCUCGUCGGUUUCCUCCGAUGCUGAAGAGUAUCAGCCUCCAAUAUGGAAAUCGUACUUAUAUCAGUUACAACAGGAGGCACCUCGGCCCAAGAGAAUAAUUUGCCCUCGAGAGGUGGAGAACAGACCAAAAUACUAUGGAAGAGAGUUUCAUGGAAUCAUUUCCCGUGAGCAAGCAGAUGAAUUACUUGGAGGUGUAGAAGGAGCAUAUAUUCUCAGAGAAAGCCAGCGGCAGCCUGGAUGCUAUACCUUAGCUCUGCGAUUUGGCAAUCAGACUUUAAACUACAGGCUGUUUUAUGAUGGGAAGCACUUUGUAGGAGAGAAGAGGUUUGAAUCAAUCCACGACCUGGUAACCGAUGGCUUGAUAACUCUGUAUAUAGAAACAAAAGCUUCUGAGUACAUUUCCACAAUGACAACAAAUCCUAUCUAUGAACACAUUGGAUAUGCCACUUUGCUCAGAGAAAAAGUAUCCCGUAGGCUAAGUAAAACAAAAACCGAAUCGAGAAAAGCAAGUGUAACAACAUGUGAAGAAAAUGCACCUGUUGAAAAGAUCACCUCUUUGGUCAGGAGAGCAGCACUAACGCAAAAUGACAGCCAUUUCAACUAUGAGAAAGCACACAAUUUUAAGGUCCACACAUUCCGAGGCCCACACUGGUGUGAAUACUGUGCCAACUUCAUGUGGGGACUUAUUGCUCAGGGAGUAAGGUGUUCAGACUGUGGUUUGAAUGUACACAAACAGUGUUCUAAAUAUGUUCCCAAUGACUGUCAACCAGACCUCAAGAGGAUCAAACGAGUCUACUGCUGUGACCUCACUACAUUAGUGAAGGCUCACAACACACAGAGACCCAUGGUAGUGGACAUUUGCAUUCGUGAAAUUGAAGCAAGAGGUUUGAAAUCAGAAGGAAUUUACAGAGUCUCGGGGUUCACUGAACAUAUUGAAGACGUCAAAAUGGCUUUUGAUCGAGAUGGUGACAAGGUAGAUGUUUCUGCCAACAUAUAUCCAGACAUAAACAUCAUUGCUGGAGCACUAAAGCUCUAUUUCAGAGAUCUGCCGAUUCCUGUAAUCACCUAUGAUACUUACUCUAAGUUUAUAGAGGCAGCCAAAAUCGCCAAUCCUGAUGAAAGGUUAGAAGCGGUCCAUGAAGUGUUGAUGUUACUUCCUGCAGCACACUAUGAGACUCUCCGAUAUUUGAUGAUUCAUCUCAAAAAGAUUACCAUGAAUGAAAAAGAUAAUUUUAUGAAUGCUGAAAAUCUGGGAAUAGUGUUUGGGCCUACCUUAAUGAGACCCCCAGAGGACAGCACUCUGGCUACGCUCAAUGACAUGCGAUAUCAGAAGCUGAUUGUACAGAUAUUAAUAGAAAAUGAAGAUGUUUUGUUUUAGACAAAUGAAGGAAUAAAUUCAUGGCCAUUGGCUAUGAAAAUCUAAGUUGAAAGAAAAACAAAUUCCCAGAAAAAUAAGAAAAAUGGUUAGCUCUUCAUUUUCUGCUGUGUUGCAGAUGAACGCCGAAACAUUAAGUCAAGUGUAUGUCUCAUAGACAUAUACCUCUUUUUUAUUAUUAUUUAAGAGAAAACAAAGGCCAGAAAAAAUCCUCUUGCCUUGUAUCCUUUGCCUUGUUUCCAGUGUGUAUCUGUGUUGAAAGGUUACAGACUGUUCUAUUAUUAACUUAUUAAAGGACACAAACUUUGUAUGGUUAUUUAGAUCACUGAAGCAAAAAGGUACUUCUAACCUGAUCCACAAAGUACUGUGCUGGCACAAUUCCUAUUUAAAGAACAAGAUCAGUACAGAAGGAUUGAACCUCUACACCCUAACCAGCAAAGGUCGUUGAUACAUGGAAAUAGGUUUCAACAUACAGCUCACCCUUCUGAUACUGCCAAUUCGAGAGAGUGAUGUGGGAGGGGCACACCCACCAUUCAUGAGUGUACCACCACACAGAUCUGUCAGUGCUGUCUGCUCUGACCUUGCUCAUCAUCUGUUUGCAGGAUCUAAAUCCAAACAGUUAGCACUUUCAGAACUGAAACUUCAGUUACCUAUUUGGUCACAAUUCUCAUGUAAGUUGCAGAUACACACCCUACUGCUGCAUACAAAGAGCUCUAUACCACAGUCAUUAUGUAAAAAUGUGUCAUUUAACACACUGAGAUCUAUUUCUGCACAAUGGCCAUAGUUUAGGGUUCUAGCUAUGCACACAUAUUUUCAGUUUUCCUCUGUGCAUACUGAAUAUUUCCCUUUUAUUGAAAAGAAAGGUAAAUUUGGAGUAGCUGGACUGCAGCAAUCUUUUGUGUUCAGAUCAAGCUCCAUGCAAGCAGGCAGUUCCCAUUUUUCUUCUAUGAACCACAGAAUGCUUUGCAUGCAUAAUGGGAAAUUCCUGCUGCAUAGGGGCAUUUUAAAAGAGAAUGAAAAGGCAACACACAGGAUUUUUGAUCUUGUGCAUUAUAUUUAGGGUCAGGAUACUUGUCAGUAUUAGCUAUAUCAGGAAUGGAUAUACAAUUUAUUUCUAUGUAAAGCAUAAUUAUAUAUGUCUAAAGUGAAACAAACCAGUUUUUAAAAAUAUAUUUUAUCUUAUUUAGCUGCAAAAAAAGUCUUUUUAUUUUAGUAAAGAAUAAUCCAAUGCGGUGCAUUGGUGAUUUUCCAUAUAUUCCUCUUCUGCAUUAUCACAAUGUCACUCUGAAUACAUUUACCACUAGUGCAGUAUUAACCUGAUACAGUAUUUUUAUUGCAAAUUUUUAAAAGAAAACUUCUUAUCUUAAAAAUUCAUAUCUUAAAAAUUCUUUGAUUUAUGUUAUAUUCUAGAAAUUAGCAUUCUGUACUCUUAGGAGUAUGAUAUUUUGGAGCAAUUACAACAUUAUCUUCAUCACCUCCAAAAAAGAGACUGAAGAGUUUUUUUUUUUAAAGUGCUGGCAUUAGAAUAAUCUACUACACACAACAUACGUUUCUUGGAACACAGUAAUGUGUAAAAGAAGUGAUGCCAGGAUAUUGGAUAUUUUCUGGCCUUGCUGAAAGUUAGCACUUAUUUAGAGUUAAUUAUUUUUGAAAGCCGAGUUGUGUUACUUUGCUUUUGUAUUUAUAAAAGUCAACCUGUUGAAAAUUAAGUAUUUCUCUUGAAUGUCUUUGGGAAGAUGUUUUAAUAAAGGAGAGAGAGAAUUUGUGCAUUACCAAAUCUCUGGGGGGUUUCCCCCCCUGAUCUUUCCAGAGGUUAACCUCACUAUCCAAUCUAAUACAGUUCUAGUAUUGGAAUUUUUCUCAUCCUGAGCUUUUUCUAUAAACAUUUCAAACACAGGAAGGUAGCAUAGUUUAUUACAAAAAUGAAUUUUCAAUAUGAAAAGCUCUAUUAAACUUUCCUCGAUUUGUACAAAUCAGUUUUUGAAACUAUUAUGCUGUUUUCUGAAUUAUUUCAGGGAGCAUUGGUUUCUGUUAAAAAAAAUGUAAGUGUGAAACUUUGAUAAUGAAAAAAAAUGAAUACAAAAAGGGGCACGGGAACUAAUGUAUAUUAGCCUUUGAAUAGGGUCACCAAGGGCUAAAUAGGCAGAUUCAGACGGCAGGCCAGGUAUUAAUGAGGUCUGAUUUGCUGGUACAAUACUACUAAAGAUUCUCCUAAACUGUACAGUUUUAAUUGUUGUGGGUUAUGUACUAAAUACUGUCAUUUAAAAUGGUAUGCAAAUGGUUUUAUUUUGUGAAGUGACAUAUGCUUUGUAAUUUAUGAUAGUGUAAAUGGAAAAGGAAAAAAAUGCCAUUAAACGUGUUGAGUCUC